AUGCAGGCUAUAACUAUAAUCCCCAACCCUUCCGGCGCCCGUUCCCUCUCCCUAACUUCUACUUACCCAAUCCCUCAACCCGCCCCCCACGAAGCCCUAAUCCGGAUCCAGCUGGCGGGUAUUUGCGGCACGGACCUGGAGAUGCUCUCCGGUUACAAGCCUCUACACGCCCCUCAAGUCCUGGGCCACGAGUUCGUGGGGGUUAUUGAAUCAUAUGGGGCCGCAGUCGAUCGCUUGCUCCAGCUCCCUCGCGGCACGCGCGUCGUCGCGGAGAUCAACUGCGUGGCGCACGAGUCGCCCUCGCGCCUGGCUUCCGAGCGGGCGCACGACCCUGACCGGACGGCGCUCGGCAUCUUCGGGCGGCCCGGAGCGUUUGCCGAGCUCGUGACGGUACCGGCAAUCAAUGUGCACAAGGUACCGGACGAAGUACCAGACGAGAUGGCGGUGUUUGCAGAGCCGCUCGCGGCGGCGUGCCAGGUCCUGCACCAGACGAAUCCAGCAAGGGACGAGCCGGUCGCAGUGUUAGGGGCGGGGAGGCUGGGGUGGCUCGUGGCUGGGAUGCUGGCGGUGUGCGGGUAUCAGCCGGUUAUGAUGGCACGGAAGCAGACGGAUGAUGUACGGAUGGCGAAGACGGAAAAGCUGAGCAAGGAAUUCGGAGUGAGGUUGGAAUUGGUCGGGGAGGGACUGGGGGACGGGGAGGCGAAGUUUCCAGUGGUGGUGGAUUGCACCGGCGCGUCUAGUGGGCUGGCGCUGGCUUUGCAGAUGGUGAAGCCGCGCGGUACUAUCGUGCUGAAAAGCACGACGGCAGCGGGGAGUGAGGAGACGGUGGAUCUCACGCCGUUGGUGGUCAAUGAGGUUACGUUGCUAGGGAGUAGGUGCGGGCCGUUUCCAGUCGCGCUGAAUUUGAUGGAGAGCGGGAGCUUUGAUCCGAGGCUGCUGAUCGAGGAAGUGUACAGUAUGAGCGACGCGGACAAGGCGUUCCGACGGGCGGGCGAGAGGGGAGUGCUGAAGGUGCUUUUCCGAAUGUCGUGAUGUGCGGCAGGGAAGAGCAUCCACUUCACAGGCGCCAAGGACUGCGCCGCGAAUUUGCUCUGAUUGCCUUGAUACCUUGCACGUCUUGCUUAAACUCUCUAUGCAUUUUGUGGUUUUAUUGUCAACUUAAUACCAAAUACGGUACAGCACUGGAUUUACUGCGUCGUAUGCUCAAGCCACUGACGUUGCCGGUGCCUCUCCGAACAAGCUGUGCGCAAAUGUGACCGCAGGGAAUUAAUGGGAGGGGUCUGCUCUGGUCAUGCAUGUGGUAUCAUAGUAUCCCGCCAGGAAGAAGACCUUCGACAAAUAGUGCCAGGUGUCACGAUCUGAUUCGAUAACGAUGCUGAGCUGCUAGUUCGGAGCUCGUGAGCAGCUCCCUACAUAUGCCUGCGGAUACAGAUUUGGAAAACCCUUCUCGCCUCGCAUCCCUGCCGCAAUCACUCGUGCCAAGCGCUGCCACACCUUCCGUUUCCCACUCUGCCAGCACGCCACCAGCGCUCCGGCAACCUCUCACUUCCGUACGACGUUCAGAGACAAACUGCAAGCGAAAAUGUUCGGACUAGCAGCAGUAGCGUCCGGUGCCUGCGCGGCUCCGGUGCUCUUGAAAGCGGCCGGCGAGGCGCACCGCGCCUUGGUAUUGCGGAGCAACAUCCUCGCUCGCCAGGGCGUGUCUGUACCCGAGGACGCCGGCAAUGGGGCCAAACUCGCCCGCCAGCGUGCCGCGGGCGUUUCAGGGGGUGUGAAAAGUAAGGAGCCCGCCUACAUGGGCAAGGUGCCCUCACGAAAGGUGUCGGGCGACCUGCGCAAAGACUAUGAAGCCGGCGGCCUUGGAAACGCCACGUCCUCGCAGGGAAACCUCACCGAUAUCCUUUCGAAGGUGCCGAGAAAGACCCACGGUGAUACCGAGUACAAGAGGAUCAAUCGCCCAGUGCCCACCAAGGCUCCCGGUUUCGGGAAUCAGGCCUUUACGCCAUAGUGGAGGUUGGGAUAAGCGUUGCUGUAGCAUUUCGUUUCGUCAUAAAGCCUAGUCAGUCAUACUUU